AUGGCGAUCAACUCCGAGAAACCCGCGAGGGAUACCGUGCAGGCAGCAGAAGCUGCCCACGCCCAAGCCGUUGUCAAUGCCGCUACUGAAAAGUUAGAGGAAGAGGAUCAGCUCGAGGAGGCCUCACCCACACCCGAUGAGGUAGUCGAGCUCACUGAGGACAUGUGCUACGAUCGACUGGGAUACUCUUUUAGUGAAAAAAAGAAGUGGACCAUUAUCACCGUGAUCUUCCUCGUACAGACAUCGAUGAACUUCAAUACAUCGCUCUAUUCGAACGCCGCCACAGGAAUUUCAGAGGAGUUCGGUGUCUCCAUGCAGGCUGCACGCUGUGGUGCCAUGAUCUUCUUGGUUCUUUAUGCCUUCGGUUGUGAACUCUGGGCACCGUGGAGUGAGGAACUGGGUCGUAAGCCCAUUCUCCAGGCAUCUCUGUUCCUUGUCAACGUCUUUCAGCUCCCCGUGGCUCUGGCCCCCAACUUUGCCUCCAUCAUGGUUGGUCGUGCCCUCGGUGGUCUCUCUUCUGCCGGUGGCUCUGUCACCCUGGGAAUGAUUGCUGAUCUGUGGGAACCUGAUUCGCAACAAUACGCCGUGGCCGCUGUCGUGUUCUCAUCAGUUGGUGGAUCGGUGCUUGGCCCCGUGGUUGGUGGCUUCGUCGAGGCGUUCCUGCCGUGGCGAUGGAAUAUCUGGAUUCAGUUGAUCUUCGGUGGUUUCGUGCAAGUUGCCCAUUACCUGUUCGUCCCAGAAACCAGAACUACCGUGAUGAUGGAUCGGAUUGCCAAAAAUAUGCGCAAGACCGGAGAGAACCCUAAUAUCUACGGUCCCACAGAGGGCGUGUCGUUCCGCCAGCGUUUCCCGCCUCGUGAGCUUAUGGCUACCUGGAUUCGUCCCUUCAAGAUGUUCCUGACUGAGCCCAUUGUAUUGGUGCUUUCUCUGCUGAGUGGUUUCAGUGACGCUCUUAUCUUCAUGUUCAUCCAGUCGCUCUCCCUUGUGUACGGCCAGUGGGGCUUCAACACCUGGGAGAAGGGUCUGGCCUUCAUCCCAAUUCUGGUGGGCUACUUCAUCGCUUGGUUCUCCUUCUUCCCGAUCAUCAAACGCAAUGUCAAAGAGCGCCGUGAUAAUCCGGAGAGCGAACGGGCACAGUAUGAGUCUCGUUUGUGGUGGCUGCUGUAUACUGCCCCCUGCCUACCCAUCGGUCUGAUCGGAUUCGCCUGGACCAGUCUGCCCCAGUGCCACUGGAUUGGAUCUAUGAUCUUUGCUGCCAUUAUCGGUAUUGCCAAUUAUGCUAUUUACAUGGCCACAAUUGAUUACAUGAUCUGCGCCUACGGACCAUACUCUGCAUCUGCGACAGGUGGCAAUGGGUGGUCGCGAGACUUCCUUGCCGGUGUCCUCACCAUUCCGGCCACGCCGUUCUUCACAAAUAUCGGUGGCGAGCAUCAUCUUGAAUACGCCUCGACCAUUCUCUUCUGCAUCUCCGUACCACUUGUCGUUGCGGUCUAUAUCAUUUACUGGAAGGGCCCCACCUUGCGCAAGCGUUCUCCAUUCGCCCAGCAGCUAGAGGAUGCUCGACACCAAAUGCAGGUCCAGAGCCGACGAGGAUCCAAGAUCCCUCCGGCAUCUCGCGCCAGUUCAUAUGCGCGCUCCCGGCAAGACCUCCGCAUCCGCCCAACGCUCGGCAGCCGAGGCAACUCCCGGGUCAAUUCUCAAGUGAACUCUCGCGCCAAUUCGCGCCGCAACAGCAUCAACCUCAAUCCAUGA